GACACUAAUGAGCAAGUUCUUCCCACCGGUCUCCUGCCUGGAAGUGCUGACAGAUCAAGGCAACAAAUUUCAAUUACAAGCUCUAAUUUGUGUCCGCAGAGCGUUUGUUACCCAUGUCAGAACUGUUUGGCCCCUCAGACGAGGCAGAGCUUGCAGGAAGAGAAGAGGAGGAGGAGGAGAGCAGCGCCGCGUUUGCAAAAAGGAAUAGCUCGGGCUUCGGAAGAGAGGGAAGAAAGGGGAAGGGGACGCACCCCAAACCACUUUGGGCGGCUAGAAGUCGGAUGUAGAAGAAAAGGCGAAGCGGAGACGAACGGUGCGGCCUGGAAGGAGGAAAGCAGACACGGGGGAGAGGAAAGGAGCCCGCCGGCCCGGGCAUGGCGGAGAAAAGGAGAGCCUCCCCUUGCACCAUGCUGAGCCUCAAGGCUCACGCUUUCUCGGUGGAGGCGUUGAUCGGAGCUGAGAAGCUGCAGCAGGAGGAUCAGCCGCAGAAACGACGGAAGCUGGCAGGCGCCGGCGGAGAAGAGGCGCCGGCCGAAGGGCUUAGCAGUUGCGGCAAGGGCUCCACAGACGGCGCAGAGAGCAGUGCCGCUUUGCCGCCUGGCUCUGAGACAGGGGCGGCCGCGGGGAAUCGCGGCGCCCGGGCAUUGCCUCCCGGUGGCUGCGAAGAGAGUUUCCUAAAUGCUUCGUCCCCCCCACUGUCCCCCGGCGGCCCUACCAAGGCCGCAGGCUCUUCUAGGCCUGCUUCUCCUUUGCUUGCCUCGCAAGUGCCUCGGGUAGACCUGCAGGGCGCAGAGCUCUGGAAGCGCUUCCACGAGAUCGGCACCGAGAUGAUCAUCACCAAGGCGGGAAGACGGAUGUUUCCUGCAAUGAGAGUGAAAAUGUCAGGCUUAGACUCUCAUCAACAGUACUACAUUGCUAUGGAUAUCGUCCCUGUGGAUAACAAAAGAUACAGGUAUGUUUAUCACAGCUCCAAAUGGAUGGUAGCUGGUAAUGCUGAUUCGCCUGUUCCUCCCCGUGUGUAUAUUCACCCAGAUUCACCAGCCUCAGGAGAGACUUGGAUGAGGCAAGUGAUUAGCUUUGACAAACUGAAACUUACAAACAAUGAACUGGAUGAUCAGGGACAUAUUAUCCUCCAUUCUAUGCACAAAUAUCAGCCACGUGUCCAUGUCAUUCGGAAAGACUGUGGGGAUGACCUCUCCCCAGUCAAACCUAUUCCUUCGGGAGAAGGAGUGAAGGCAUUCGCCUUUCCUGAAACUGUUUUCACAACUGUCACGGCAUACCAGAAUCAACAGAUCACCCGACUCAAGAUUGAUAGAAAUCCAUUUGCCAAAGGAUUUAGAGAUUCUGGGCGUAACAGGAUGGGAUUGGAAGCUUUAGUUGAGUCUUACGCAUUCUGGAGACCUUCACUGAGGACACUUACUUUGGAAGAUAUACCCGGGAUCUCAAAACAAGGAAAUGCUGGCUCUUCCACUUUGCUCCAGGGAACUGGUACUGGAGUACCAGCCACUCAUCCCCAUCUUCUGUCCCCUUGCUCUUCUCCUGCCUUUCAUCUUGCUCCCAACACCGGCCAGCUUUGCAGCCUCACUCCAGCUGACUACACGGCUUGCGCCCGUCCAGGUCUAGCCCUCAAUAGAUACAGCACUUCCUUGGCUGAAACCUAUAACAGGCUUACAAACCAAGCCAGUGAGACCUUUGCAACCCCAAGGACUCCCUCUUACAUUGGUGUAUCAGGUAGCUCGACAGUGAACAUGCCUGUGGCGGGCAGUGACGGUGACACAUUCAGCUGUCCCCAGACAGGCUUAUCAAUGCAGAUGUCGGGGAUGUCUCCGCAGCUCCAGUACAUUAUGCCUUCCCCAUCAGGCAAUGCCUUUGCUGCAAAUCAAACCCACCAGAGUUCCUACAACACUUUCAGACUGCACAGCCCUUGUGCACUUUAUGGAUACAACUUCUCCACAUCCCCCAAACUGGCUGCCAGUCCUGAGAAAAUCGUUUCUUCCCAAGGAAGCUUCUUAGGGUCGUCGCCAAGUGGAACCAUGACUGAUCGGCAGAUGUUGCCCCCUGUAGAAGGAGUGCACUUACUUAGCAGCGGGGGGCAGCAGAAUUUCUUUGACUCUAGGACUCUAGGAAGCUUAACACUGUCAUCAUCUCAAGUAUCUGCACAUAUGGUUUGAUAAAGCCUUUUAAAAAUAAAAAGUACAGUGUAUUGGUUUCUGCAAUGUAUUUCCGUUUAGGGAAUAUGCUAAGGUGAUUAUUGUACCUUGUAAGGUGUUUGUUUAAAAAAAAAUGCUGAAGGAAGUUUGAAUCUUUUGACUUGCCUAUAGGCAGAUAUUUGGAUAUGCUGUAGUGUUCUGAGUUAAGCUGCGUUUGUUUGCAGAAUAGCCCAUUUAGUUUCCUGGUAGCAUACCACUUCAUUUUAUAACACGUUUGGCCAUAUGCAACAAAUUAAGCAGCGUUUCCUGCAGCACUCUUUCCCCCCACAUCUUUUGCUCUUUAAAUAACAAAACAACACUCAGGUCUGAUUUAGAUGAAACAAAAAACACUUUAAAAUAUAUAUAACUACUAUUUUAUAACAGCCGUCCUUAAAGUAUUCUUAUUGCAACGAGCUGAUGCCUUGAUGCAUGCAUUCCUUCUCUGUUGUAAGAGAGAUAAUAACCAUAUGUGUGCUUUCAUUAGGCUUCGUCCAGAAGUCUGUGUCAAAAUAAAGGGAUGGGAUAGGAUAAUUUCCCUUCUAAAGCUU